CCAUUGGAGAAACUGGGGGUUGGAUGGAUUCAGUCACAUCACAUAUUGAGAGGUCAAGAAGACAAAAUCACUUCUGAGAGAGAAGGAAUUCUGAGAGCAAUAGAAGAAGAAAGCAGAUGGACUUCAAGACUUGCAUCUGUUCAAUCUUGGACAAGCUGCAGUUGGUUAUGGAAAAGAGAUAUUUUUGCCAACCUCAUCAUGUUUUGCAAGUGCAUUACCUGACAGUGGAGUUAAGACUGGUGAAAACAUUUGUCCUGUGUUCAAGGAGAUUGGCGUACUCUUCCGGAGUUGAAGACUCUGUUCAUGGAGAAGCUUACAGGUUUUACAAGCUGCUUCUUGGGUCAGAGGAUGGAUUGCCCCCCAGCGACUUGGCUGCAGCGGUCUCUGGUUUCCGAGAAACUCUAAUGGAUUGUAAACAUAAAAUAAGCGAAGCGUAUGUCGAGAUGUUCGAGUUGGUUACGCAAUCCAUUGCUGGGGCAAGAAUCCGACGGAGAAUAAGAGAAUACCAGCCCUGGAAUCUGUUGGAUCGCUUAGUGAAGCCCAGUUUUUCAUCAGCAGACGAAUUCAUGGAAUUCUUCCACUCCUUGCUGGAGAAUGUUAAGGACGUUAUGGAAUGUGGUUUAGGAUGUUGUGGAAUGCUGGAAACCCUUCAAGAGAAGUUGGUAUCCCUUGACAAUUUGAUUCAGUUUGCCACGCUACGAGGCAAGCCCCCCGGGGUAGUGAAGAAGCUUUGUGGAGCUGUGGUUCUAUCUGCAGCACAUCUUUGUUAUAUUUACUAUUUGUUUUUAGAUGAUGGUAGUCAAGCAUUUGAUGAACUUAGAUUGAAGAUUACUGAAUCAGUAGAGAACAUCAAGCAUGCUUAUCAGCAAGUCCGUUUGGCUUGCUUUGGCGUCUUGCAAUCUGGAUCAUCUUCGCUCAUUGUGUCCACCCAGACCGAUAGGUUUAUAGUGGGGAAUUUUGUAAGUUCACUUCUAGCAAAUCUAUUUGAGUUACUACUAAAUUCUCCUUCCUGUUUUAAUAGAUUUCUGAAGCAUCACUUGAAGAUACUCUAUGAGGGGCUUCAAUUCCUGAGCAUCAUUCUCCAAAAGCAGCAAGAGAAGUAUGAUGGACUACCUCGAAGAACCAAGGAUCUUAUUGGAGCUGUGGUCGAAGAUGCUGCAAUUGUAAUUUUCUCACUUUAUCAGAAGAAAAUCCGAGAAGCUUCGGCCAAGGAAACAGAUGUUAAGCUCUUUUGUUUACUGUACAAGAUUAAGCUUAUUAAGGCAGAAGUUGAGGAACAGCAUCCUGUCGAUUUAAGGUUUAACUUUCCUACGACCAGUGAACUGGGGUUUAUCGAUCUUCUCCUACAAAAAUUGAAGGAACUGGCAAGCAGUAAAGUGGAUCCACUUGCUUUUGCUAGGGAUGGAGCUGGCUUCUUAAAAACGUACUUGAAGAAGACCGAGGAAGAUUCCCGAAGGUCUUUAAAGCAGGAAGUUCCAAAAGGGCUCCGAUUACCUUGGCUGAAUGAGAUGGAACAGCACGACCUGCAACACAAGCUCCAACUUCAAAGAUUGAAAAUAGAUAUUUCAUUCUUAAGAUCAUUUUUGAAAAAUUAUUUGGAGCAGCACAGCCGGAAAGACAAUCUCUUUUAUUCUUAAGAUCGUGGUUGGAGAAUCAUGGGGAGCAAUGCAAUCAGCACAAAGAACUUCAAGCCCUUUGGAGUCGUGUUAUAGAGGUAGCAUAUGAAGCAGAGUUUGUUUUUGACUCCUUAAUAGUUGGAGAUAUAUCAUUUUAUUCCCUGCUAUUAUUUGAUAAGAUCACACAAAAAGUUAAGCUUCUUAAAGGUGAAGCCCUGAAGAUUCAUGACAAAAAUUAUGUCUUCAAAUCCCUGACAGCUAUCACAAGUUGUUUAAAUUGUUCCCCAACAACAAGAAGCAAGUGGAGUGGCAGUAACAAAGAGCUUAGUACUGAUAGUGCUACUCAAAUUGAAGCUGUGGUGGGUUUGAAUGAGGAGGUAGAAGCAUGGUUCGAAGUCUCGGCCGAGACCGAGACGACUCGGCCGAGUCGUCACCGUCUCGGCCCCUACCGAUACGAUACUGUGACGAAACGAUACCGAGAUACUUGACUUGCCGAGAAAUCGGCCGAGACGUCACCGCGACGGAUUGACUCGGCCGAGUCACUCUGAGUUAUCCCGAGUCAAGACGAGAAAUUAGCCGAGUUACACCGUGACGGAUUGACUCGGCCAUUUCUUUUGCUAUUUUUUAUU